AUGCUUAUCUCGCGAUAUCUCGUUAUUACCUUAGGGAUCGGCCUCUCCCGAACCAGCGGCCGGGUCACCGUAGGCCCGCAGAAGGCCCUCGAACGUCCCGGAUGUGAUGGAUCAGGUCUUGUCGACCCAGACGGUCGUUGCAAUGGCGAUGGCAUUAUCCACGACCCCACUAGGGACCGUGAAGGCUUCGAAUUUGAGAACCCCUCCACCCACUGCCAAUAUGUGUCGCAGAUGCACAUUUGGGAUUCCUUCAAGGAUUUGGAAAAGGACAUGAGCAAACUGUUUACUUUAAUCCACAAGAAUGUCACCUUCACCGUAGUCGGGCACCACCCGAUCGCCGGCCGCUACCACGAUCUGCUGCAUUUCUACGUCAAUGCCCUGCGUCGCGUUAGUGUGCUGUUUUUCGAUCACGCCGACAAAUUCGAGAUCCACCCACAGGCCAUCCACGGUGGGUGCAAUAGUGCAUGGUCGGUGCAGGAGAUCAAUUUUAGAGGAGUCAUGAACUCGGGCGACGACUUUGACAUCGUCAAUGUGUGGGUGACUCGCUGGCACCGCAAUCAGAUGGUCGAGAUCCGCACGUACAUCGACGGACCACGGAUCAUGGAGGCAUUGCAUAAGAACGAGAUCUGGUGGAAUGGCACCACGAUGCGGGACAAUGUGCAGUACAUGCCGGGGCCAGCAGGGAUGCCGGAUCUCAAGCAGCUGGAGGAUAUGAUGGGUUAUCCUGACGGUCGAAAGUACGAUUGA